AUGGGGGCUCGGGGGCAGCACAAAGUCCAAGGACCGAAGCCCGAGGCCCGAAACCCGAGGCCCAAAGCCCCGCAGCCCCUGCCGCCCUCGGGAGGAGCCCUCGGAACCGGGCCCGGCUCCGCCCCCGCCCAGGCCCCGCGCGGUGCGGCGCCGAUCGCGAUCCGGGCUGGUUCCGGUGUGCGCGGUUCCGGUCCGGGCUGGUUCCGGUGUGCGCGACAUCUGAUCCGCUCCAUCAAUGACCCCGAGCACCCGCUCACCCUGGAGGAGCUGAACGUCGUCGAGCAAGUGCGAGUGAAAGUGAGCGAUGCCGAGAGCACGGUGUCGGUGGAGUUCACCCCCACCAUCCCACACUGCAGCAUGGCCACCCUCAUCGGCCUCUCCAUCAAGGUCAAACUGCUCCGCUCUCUGCCCGAGAGAUUCAAGCUGGAUGUUCAUAUAACACCAGGAACUCAUGUCUCUGAGCACGCAGUUAACAAACAGCUCGCAGAUAAAGAACGUGUGGCAGCUGCUUUGGAAAACUCUCACCUGCUGGAAGUGGUGAAUCAGUGUUUGUCUGCUCGGUCAUAAUUGCCUGGUGAGGAAAUCAUUGGUAUUCUGAUCUAUUAAACUUAUUUUGUAUAUAAGUGGUGAUGUUACAAUUUACAUAAACCUAUGAGCAAAAUAAAGUCACUUAAAUUCUCUUGAGGAAA